AUGAGUGCGACUAGACAGGAUGAACAGGCCGUUCUGAACAAAGAUUAUUCGAAGAGUGACUACUAUAUCCUGGCUUCGGAUUUCCAGGGCACGGUUCGUCUAGCUCUCCAGCAAUACAUCUGGCGAGAAGCGCUCGGAUUCAACAUCCACCCUUCCAUCCCUCCUCUCGAACCCACAGCCUCCAUCGCAGACAUAGCAUGUGGCACUACCCUCUGGCUCGUAGAAGUCGGACGCCAACUCGGACCACCCUCAGACCUCCACGCCUUCGAUGUCAAUCUCCAACAAGCGCCGCCAAAAGAAUGGCUUCCUGAAAACUUGACGCUGCACAAGUGGAACUUCUUCGAGGACGUACCAAAGGAAUUCAAAGGAAAAUUCGAUCUCGUCCACGUGCGACUCAUCACGGUGGCGAUCAAAGACAAUAACCCUGUGCCGGUGAUCAAGAACCUUUUCAAACUACUGAGGCCUGGUGGCCAUCUCCAGUGGGACGAAGUGGAUGUCUAUAAGAGCUUCGUGGUCAAGGCAUACGCCGAACUCGAAGUCCCCGCCAUGGACGCCUGGUGUGCGUGGAUGGCUGGUACGAAAGAAGGACAAGGCAAUCCUGAGAACGAGUGGCGGAGACAUCUUACGGGAAUGCUUACUGAGAAUGGCUUUCAGACGGCACAGCGACAUGACGAGGGAGACCGGUUCUUGGAGCACAAGCAUUUGAUGCGGUAUAAUAGUGAUCCGCUUCUAAUGCUAUCGGAGCAAUAUGCUAGACGGGUGUAUUCGACGGGAAAUGAACAAGGAACUAAGUUGUUGAAGACUGUUGAGGCGGCUGCGAAGGAUGCGGAGAAUGGCUCAGCUAUGAUCAUGCCGCCUAUUAUUUGGGUUGCACAGAAGCCGUUAUAG